GUCAUCCCCUGGGGGGGGGGGAGUUGAUAUAACCCUUCCCGCACACGGAGACUCGUUUUCAGUAAUCGAUCCUGUUUAGAAACCAACAAUAAUGGGCGACAAGAAAGUUGGUGUCCGAUGUCAAGGGCUAAUUCGAUGCAGAAAAUGUGGUGAUCAGUGGUAAAAGAUGUUUCCUCGUUGAGGAUACACAACCACACAAUGCAUGGUUGGCUGGUUUUUAUCAUCCUGCUCAACACUGGCAUUGCCAUUCUUGGUCAAAAUGCAGUGAACCAAACAGCAAAGAAUAAUGCUACAUCAUCUGAAUCUAAAAAUCCACUUGACCUGGCCAAUAAUCCAGCACUUGUUGCUGUUCUAUUUGCGUCGCUGUGUGCAAGUGUCUGGCUGUUGUACAUCACCUUCUUUAAUACAAGACUUUUUGGGAUAAUACUAACAAAAAUAAUUAACAGAUUUGUCAUCCAGGAUGAUUCUUAUUUUCAAGUAGGGUCAUUCUCAGUAUCAUUGUUGAGUGGAAAAUUUAUGUUCCGUGAUGUAAAGUACAUUACAAAAGAUUACAGUGUGAGGGUGGUUGAUGGGUUUGCCAUUUUUGGAUGGUGGCUACGUUUUACACCAAAGGAAAUUGGCAGCUAUCAUGGUUUAGAAAGCAUCCUAGUGCGCAUAAGUAUUGCACUUGUUUGUUCGAUAAAUUCUGACGAGAAACAUCCAAUGAGCAGACUGGUCGUUAAUCUUAAUGGGUUGGAAGCGCAUCUUUACAACAGAUCAAGUCUGUACGACCGACUCCAUGAAGUAUUUAAGAAUGAAAGGUAUGGUGACGCAAGGAAAUCUACUGCUGGCGUUGAUGCAGAGGCCGUAGCAGACAGUUCAUGUGAGCAAACAUCAACCGGAAAGAGCGCAUCCCAGUGGAUGGAUCUAAUUCCAACUAUCAAAUGCAACGUAAACUCGGGUAAGAUUGCUCUUGGUAACAAACUUGUGGAAACCACUUUUUGGAUUCACUGCAACAAUGCAGAGGCCAUUUAUCAUACAUCCUCAGCUGCUUCAGCUGUCGACGAAUUCACUCAUGUUGUCAAAGGGAAGUGUGAGGAUGUCAGAGUUAUGUUAUCUCCGAGUCCCGGAUUCACAGGAAAAAAAUCUCAGCCCCCGCGAUUCAUGGGAGAGGGUUUCGUCAUUUUGCAAUCUGGCGAAAUCGAUUAUACUUACUUUCAAGAUGUCCCAGGAAUUAUCCCUGAAGACUGUCAAAGGGCACCUGAAUCAGAUCCUGUAUGGAGUCUCAGUCUCAUAUUCAAUAAAUCUACUACAAUCACCUAUGGCCCUUGGGCAGAUAAGCAGCGUGAGAUGUUGCAGAAAAUGUUUCUACCUCAAGAUUACCAAGAAAUUCAGGCAGCUAGGCCAGUCCUGCCUGGUGAAAGACGCAUUCACACUGGGUUUGACUUCAAAUCAAAGUUCCAAGCUCCUGUUGCCAUGGAUAUUCUGUUUUCAAAGAAUGAUGAACUAUCAGCAUUGCAUGUGAGUGCAGGACAAGGCUCAUCCAUCCAUUUCUUCAUGCCAUGGGCUGUCAAUGAGUUUGGUUACACCUCUACGCUUUUUCUUCAACUCCAGAAACUCGAUUUAACGACCAGUUUGGACUUUAGAAAGUUGCUGGAAUGUGAGACAAUGGAGGCUGAAGUGAUAAUGACAGUGCCGAGAGUAUGGAAUCAGUUCCAGCAUUGGUCUUGCGAGUUUAUGCUAAGUGAAACAACAAUGUACUUUGUAUAUCAGCACACUCUCUUCAUCCAAGACCUUCUCAACGACUGGGCAAGCACAACCCCAGGAGACGUGGCCUUCUUUACGCCUUACGAAUGGGAAUUCAAGUUCCACUUUCGCAAUUAUGAAUUGAUCUGUUUUGUCAAUGAGCACAAUUGGAUUGAUUGCAACAAUGACAUUGAAAACAAUCAGCUUGCCUUCUGCGGAGAAGCUAUCGAAAUCUCAUUCCUGUUGCCAUUUACCAAGUUUUUACCUGAAGUUGAGGAAAUCAAAUUUUUUUGCCGCGCGGAGUCCUUAGUGCUACGAAUGUUCAUGGCUGAAUCAAACACGCUGCGCCACAGCGUCCUAUCGCUCAUUCGCAGCAGUGACCACUACGAUUCUUCUAAUCUUUCACGUAUAAACAGCAUCAUAUCAGAUACAGAUGACCAGACUGACCGACCGGAUACUAGAGGCGCUCAGGAUGCCAAAUCUUCAACAAAUCUUGAUGACUUGCUCUGCAAAGGCUGGCGAAGAAAAACAGAGGCCGAACUAGGUUGGCUAGAUGUCUGUUCUGCCCCCGUUUUGGUUCUCAAUAUAUUUUACAAGUUUCAUCCGAUUCAUGUUACAAAUGACCACAUUGACGAAAUUAAUAGGAGGCUUGGCAUCGAUUACAGUGAAAAAGAGGUUGCAGGCCUGGAGCCAGACUUGCUCACAGUUGAACUUGAGGCUGGACCACUUGCAAUUAAAUUGCUAGGGUCGCUAUUCAGACAGUUUAUUUUUGGAUUCAAGGAGAAUUACUUCGGUGUGUCCCAACAGCCAACAGAAUUUGAUGCCGUAAGAGACAGUAAGAAUCCGAUAAAGGAUAUCCUGCCUGAUGUGGAAGCCACAGAUCUGAAAGAUGCUAGACACUACAGACCAAUGCAUGCCCAUGUGACGGUGGUGCUUUUGGAUAUCAAGGCAGAAUUGACUAAACACUGUUCUCCAGGUGAACCCCCGUCUCCAGUCAUGAGCGUUGAAAGGCUAACCUUCGAAAUGAAUAAAACGUACAGGGAGACCAUGAUGCAGCUGAUAAUAUCGCCUGCUACCAUUACAGUCAAAGAUAGACUUAAGCGUUCUUCCGAAAACAGCCAUUUGUCGCGGGGAUUUUUAUCUUUAUCUGGUCUGCAGUUUCGUGGCGAUGCUUUCUUCUCAGAUAAAGAAAUUCCACGUGGAUACGACACAAUCGAAUAUGCAUGGCAGUUGGAGCUUCAGUGCGGGGAAGUCGGUGGCAAACUCACCCUUCUGCAACUUCAAUCGCUAGCGAUGUGGUUGGAGGUGUUUAUUUUGCAUGUGACAGAUGAAGAGAACGCUCUGGUUGCAACCAUUCAGGAUGUCAAGUGUCAACACGGCUCAUACCAGAGACAAUGCAAACUGUUUGAAAUGCCAUCAACGAAGUGCAAAGUAGAAGAUGCUGUAAAACCGGUCUUGUGCCCAACGGAAGCUGAUCUCAAAUACAAAAUGAGUAGAUUUUCAAUAGAGUCGGUUAAUUUAUGGUUGGUCGAAAGUCAAUGCGCCUGCAACAUGAAGGCCUCGCCAAUAAGGAUAUCUAAAUGUUCUUCACAUACAAGCCAGCUUUCAAGUGGAGGAAGCAUUUUUGUUAAUGACUUGACAAUAAAACAGUUCGUUCAAGACCUUUCACCACCUGAGGAGGUUGACCAAAUGGAUGGCUCGAGCCGAUCGCAGUCCUUUUAUCCGCUCUCAAACAACUGGCUAGAGGUCGCUGUUGCUACAUUUGGACCAAUCACAGCCGACAGUGUAACAUAUGCAAACGAUGUAACUAUGUUUAAUGAACAACAACAAUUUCUUAGAAAGCACGACGGGUUGCUAAAAAGAUUGUGGUUCCUAUGGACACCUAAAAAGCUGAAAAGUAAGAUAGCUGCUGACCGCUCAAGGUCAAUAAUUUGUGGUUGCGUAGGAGGAUGCCGUUUCUUUGGUAAUAAUGUCAAUGGAGUUCGUUUCUUCACGGUGCAAGUUCUUGAUGCCGGGGAGAUGCAUUUUUCACGUUAUGGAAGUGAGAGUAUUUGGGGAGGUGUAAAUGAUAGGCAAGGCAUCGAAGAGAGGCUGCGCCAUAGAAGUGGUGGGCUUUCUUUGCAGAGCCUUGGAGAAAGUUCCUUGAGGUUAAGGAAAAUUUCGGAAUUGGCGAAUCGCAGGGGUGGAGGGAAAAAUUUCGAUAGCAUUGGUGUAUGGUCGUCAAUGAGCGGCUCAACAAGACAGUCUGAAUAUCACAGAGAAAGUAUGGCUUCGAGGCUACCCAAUGAUAGAUCGAGGUCUACCGAUGUAGGUGGCAGUAUGGGCUGGCGCAGCCGUCACAGAACUGAAAGUGAAGGAACAUUCUACUCUUGCGAAAGCGAGAUCGCGUCGAUCAUUAAUGGAAACGAUGAAGAAGAUGCCAUACGAAGGCAACGUGUAAAAAUGAGAGGAUCUGAUGCUUCUUUUAAUUCGUCUAUCGAAUCGUUUAUAUCUGCCGUUGCGUCACGCGAGGACUUGGUCUCUCUCGAUGUAACUGAUGCUGCUCCAACAUGCAGCAAACCUUUGAUACUUCCGGCGUUAGCUGGGUUAUACGGUCAACACCUCAAAAGAGCAACUUGUACAAACUGGAAGUGUGUACCCCCUGAAGAACUGAGCAGGAGAUGUAGCUUGCUUACCAACAUCAAGGCCAUUUAUUUUCCUGUCCGAGCUUCUACCUCAAGCAUCCUACCAAAAUUUCAACAAAGCGCCAAAGGGAGGCUUCCUUUCGUUAUUGCUAGUAAAAAGACAGUGAAUUUGCAGUCUUCAAAUGGGCCGUCUGAAGCCGUCGAUGAUAAUGAUGGUGUUUUUCGUAACACGUCUUCACAGUUUGUCCACAAAAGCUCAUCAACAGGUGACUUAAACCUGUGGCAUUCGUCAAUGAAUGUCAAAGUGCACAAAGGCAUUCAAGUUGUCGUCACUCCUGUCCUCCUGCAAUGCAUUGAAAGGUACACUCAGUCGUUAAGAGGACAGGAGAAGAUUCAACACCCCGCGUAUAUUUUGGAUUCCUUGCAUCUGCAUAGCAUCAGAUCAUCUGAAAACCGAUAUGGAGAAAAUCACGCACUGGAGGUACUUGAAAUGCCAAAUGAUGCAGAUACCUUAGCAUCUAAAAAGGUAUUGCUCUCAAAUCUGUUCCCAAAGGUGCGGUCGUCACUUUCCUUUGACAUCCCUACGGUUAACUUUGUUGCGUUGCAGGUUUCUGCAGAACCGUUCUGCGUGUCCGAGCAGUCCUCGCUGUCCGGUCAGUGUGGAAGUAAAUUUUCAAAUGACUUCGCCUUCCCAAAAUACACCUGCACUGUUGCCAUGGCAGCUUCCUUUUCAGGUCUGAAAGUAAGUCAUGCUGCAGAAGGGGAACAUAAAGCUCUGAGUGACUUAGCAAUAACACUUCUUCGGCGGAGCUCAACUUUCAGGUCAAAUGUUGAUCAGAAAUUAUUGCAAGAGCUUCAUGAAAUAACAGAGAGUGACAGCAGCGUAGUUAGAGUUUCACUUCAAAGAGCUGACGUUCAGCUGCAAAGACUUGACUGUGAGGAACACCCAGAUGAUUCAUCAUUUGUGACUGCCAUUCCCAAGUCAAAGACUAUGAUACCGUUUUCCGUGUAUAAAGGUGAUGAUGUAGAUGUCGAUGAUCUAAGUUGGUUGGAGCAAAAACUAGGUGAGCCCAUGGGAAAGAUAAUGCUUGAAUUUGGCUUUAAAAACAUAGAAAUGAAUAUGUUACGUGGUGAAAGAAUUUCUGUUUUGUCGCGGUCUGGUCGAUCUAAUAGUUUGAAAAAUUCAAGAAAAUCAAACGCAGAAAAUGCUAUGUCUCCUGAAUUGCAGACUACUUCAGGAACAGAGCUGCCGCCGAAGAACCAAAAGUUAUCCGGAGCUGUUGAGCUUCAGCAGACGAGCGACUUUAAUCUUGAUUCUGUCAAAGCAGAACCUUCAAUUCUUGAGAGCGAAAGUCCAACGGUAUCUUGCAGUCUUUUGAAGGAGGAUGAUUCCCCAAUGGGCCAUGUCAUUCUCGAAAUACAGAAUAGUGACGUGGAUUCUGGCAUUUCGCAAGUGCUGCGAGAUGGAACAAAACGCGGAACGCUUCUGCAAAGCAGGUCAAAUGAGAAACAAGAUGGCGGGACCACUAAUGAUUGGAAUCAGAAAGGGGAUGAUGCAGAAGAAUAUGUAUUAAAACGGAAAAUACAAGGCAUUAUUGAGAUCGAAAAUGUUUGGCUCAAUUUAGCACACCCAACACGGUUGAAAGUGCUGCAAGAAGGUAGCGACCAUUGCAUCAAUUUGAUAACCAGUGUUGUUCCAUCCAUUUGUUGUUGGAUACCUGUCUAUGUUGAUCUUGCACGUGCAGUUGAUUCCACGGCAAAAGCUUUCCGGUCACAUCGAUUCAGUCUCUUGGCAUACGUAAUGGGACAGGCGUUGCCAGAUAAAGGUCGACUGCUUAUAAAGCACAAUAUCAAUUCGAUGGCAACUGAGCGGGCAAGAUUUCUUCAAGAAGACCACUCGAGCCAAUUGGUAUUUGUGCUGCGAAGGCACUUGAUGGGGUCGAAGAUGCGCCGGGUCAAAUCAGCACUCGAAGAUAAGAUAUCAAUGCCUAAAGUUGACGUUUUAGAAAAAGGAAUACAUGCUUUAGCCAGACAAUGGAAAGCGUUGAUAAUUGGCUCAACCAGAACAGAAAUUGCCUUCAAAUCCGAAAGACGUAAGCAUGUGGUGGGUCGUGGUGUCUUGACCAGAAAAGAUUUAGCAAUUUUGAUGCGUGAUCGCUCUUCAAUAAACGAAGAUCUAACCAGUGCCAAAUCAACAGCCAAAGGUGCGUCUCAUGAUGACGUCAGUCCCAAGAACCGAUCAGAAUCCAGGCACUCUAGGAGAUCUGGAGCCAUUGCUCAGGAUCAACUUGCUUCUUCGUCAGGAGAUCAGAACUGGAAGUCACGUGUUGCCAGCAGGCAGUCAUCCCCAGGCUCAGCGAGAAACCUCCUAAGGAAAUCUUCGUCAGAAGAAUCAACAGGUGCAGCCUUAUUUUCUGAUGAAAAGGAGGCAAAAACAGAACUGAACCUUUACGAUUGGCUUUCGUCAACAAACUCACCCAGAGUGGUGCCUGAAACAGCUAAUGCUCGGUGUUCUUAUAGUCGCCAAAUUAAUGAAGCAAAAACUGAGAGCCCAGCCGAAGUAAAACCAGGCUUAAACAUGCAAGAUGCCGGGAUUUUUCGAAUGACGUCACCCAUGGUCAGUGUACCUACCAGCGGUAUGCAGCUCGAAAAUGUAGCCGAGAUAUUCAAGUGUUUGUUUGACGCCAUUGGCCUGGUUCCGCCUGAGAGUGAAAACUUCCUAACUGAAGAGACACUCUGUGGAGACGCUGGAUUAAAGAAGUUUGAAGUUAACAUUGUUUGUUCGGAAGACAUGGCGAAUGAUUCACAGGAUGAAACACUGAACAAGGAUUGUCGAUGGUCAGAGAAGACAACGACUGCCUUGUUAAUGGAAAAAAUUCGUCUUGUUGGAGAUGCAAGUACGUCAUGCACGGCUGGACGGCCAAAAGUGUAUUUAACGUCAAGGAAAAUAAAUGACCCGGUACCGAAAGACAUUAAAUUUGAUAUUUGUUUUGGAAGCAUAACGCAGAUUGUAAAUAUCGCUUUGAUCAGGCUGCUUCUACAAAUAACAGAGACUAUUGACGUUGUUAAAGAGGAAAAUCGAUUUGCUCAGAAGACAAAGUCUCUUGAAUUACUGGAAAGUGAAGGGUUAGCAACUGGGGCUACCAGUGAACGAAACGUAAAGCAGCAUGCUGUUCACAAAGGGUGGAGAACUAUGUAUAAUGUGUUGCAGUUGUAUGCAAAUGAGUCGGGACUUCCUAAAGAUCGAGAAAGGGUGGACGAACGAAGGAAAACGAACCCGUGCACACCAAAAGAAUCUAAAGAUACGCGAAUUGAAACUAAUGAGACCUCAUUUAUGGCUGAAAAUUCUGGCGAAGAGAAAAGAAAGUCGACCAUAAGUCAGUCAUGGAUAAAUCUCUCCACGUUAGUUGGCACCGUGCGACUAGCAAAUCUGAAGUUACUGGCAUAUAUUGGUGGGAUGAAUUUAGAAACUGAAGUUACUAAUAUGAAUGCAUCUUGCUAUAAAGUCAGCCAACAUUUGCAACAGAAAGGGGAUGACACAUGUGUAAAAAUUUCAGAAACGCAUUCAGUCUCGGUUCAUGUUGAUGACGUCAAUUUGGUGUUAACAGAAUCGGUCACCUCACUCAACCAGAAGCAAAAAUCGACUCCAAGAUCGCCUCGUCUUCUUAGAUCGUUCACGACAAUAACAACAUGCAAAAUGAACAGGUCACAUUUUUUGCUGUCAUCGAAGCCGGCAUCGUGUGUCAAAGCUGUGAAGCGGGUGCAUGUUGUCGUUGGAGAGAUCUUUGUCGAUGUCCCGCAGCAUCCCGGGGUUCUGCGGACUGUUGGAGCCAGGUUCACGAAAAGAUUGGAAAAGCAUUUCAUAGAAAUCGAUAACUACCGCAAGUUGAAAAAGACGCUUAAACGGCAAGCAGUCGAUGGAAUUUUCAGUGACCAAAUGAGCCUGCAGGAAUCAAUAUUGUCAGAUGAAGUGACAAUGUCUUUACGUGGCUGUCUCAAAGGCGUCGCUGUUGGGGCUGCCUUGUUGCCUUCCUUGAGGGUUACGUACAGGAUUGGUGAAGUGUCAAGCACCGGAAAUGUUGGUAUCAAAGCAACAUACAGCGUAAAAAUGCCUAAUCACUGCCUAGAGUUCAAAUCAAAGAUAAAAGAUCCGGAAAUGCUCGGUAAAUUGCCUUUAACGUCAGUUGAUUUGCCUCCAGUAACCGUGAAGGGUGAAUAUAUGGCAAAUACUGCUAGCAGGGAGGAGCAUGAAGAUGUUGGAUCGUGGCACAGAAAUCUUGAGACCAUAAGGACUAGCACUUUUAUAAGGGCAGUUGUUGAUAUUGGUCACUUUGAGCAAAGCCUAACGACAGAUUUACUUAAUCAGCUAAUAUUUCUACAGAAAGGCUUUAUAAAGGAAGUGAAUCAAGUUAUCUCCGAUGUUGAUGACAAUGAACCGGUUCCUAUCUUCAGAAGUUUUUCGAAGGACAGUUUUACAGAUGGUGAAAGCUCCGUCCCCGUCCCUCUGUUGUAUUCAAUUCAGAUAAAUUUAAAGGGAAUUCAACUGACUGCAACCACACCUUCGUCAACGGCAGUAAGACUUCAUACUGGAAUUGUGGCGCUAGAAUUAUCGAACAGAUCUCCGAACAAAGAGAAGAAACUCAAGAUUCCUAAACGUGGUAGUUACAUGAAGUUGUUUGGUCGGGCUGAAGUUGAUCUGAUGGUAUCGCUUGGUCAGUACAACCAUGAAAAGUUUGUUGAAAAUGACAAGGACUUCGAAACUUUUGCCUACUUCAAGACAAGGAUUGGUUUAACAAACACAUUGCAGGAUAAGCCAAUUUUCCACCAUUCUCAAGACAAAGAGACUGUUAUCAUAACCAUCAACAAACCACAAAUAUGGCUUAUGCCAAUGGCUGUAGACAAAGGUCUUCUUGUUUACCUGUAUUACAAAAAUGCAUACGAUUACUGGAUUGAUCAGACUGUUGAGGUCCAAAAGGCUGCACAGCAUAUUUUUGAGAAACUUCCUCAAAGGCCACAGCGUGAGAAGUUGUAUGGAUCGUUGUUUCUUCAACUAAACGUAGAGAAACUUGGUUUCAGCAUACCCCUAAAUGAUCAUGUUAACCAGACCAUGGGCAAUCGAUCUUCAUAUGGUAACACACCAGAUACCGAAUUAACUGGCUCUGCAUUAGUUGUAACAGUGGAGGAGACUUCGAUAAUGUGCUGCAGUAGUGGGUCAUUCGUGAGUCAAGGCUUGUUCCGCAACUUUUGCUUGAGGUUUGCCAGUGAUUUCGACAAUAAAGCCGAGGAAUGGACUUUUCCACGAGAACAUGGCGAAAACACUUGUUCGAUUCCGGAAGGAACAUAUUCUUUGUGCUCUAGAACUGAAACAGAGAUACAGUCAGAAAUGCCACAGGCUGACAAAUGGUUGAUGUGUAUUUUCUGGAAGAUGCGCGGUAUUGACAUGCACUUCUACUCAAACAUCGGCAAAUGGCUGUCCUCCCUUAGCAAUGCCUUGACUUCAUUUGCCGGCGAUGUUGAUGUUGCUGAUCUUUCGUCAGUCGCAGAUGCCGAAGAUGACGUUUCUGAUGCAUUUGAGCCAGCUGAUGAAGACGAAUAUGACGUCACUGAUGGGCGUCUGCAGAGGUUUGAGCAGCUUAAAGAUAAAUCAUCAAAUGAAAGCCAAUAUGAUUUACUAGAGAAGCAGUUGUGGAGACAAACAAAGAGAGUCAACGAAUUAAGGCAAACAUGUGCUCCAGAAGAGCAAAUAAGUCGAGAGGUGCGGAUUUUGCAAGAUGUUGAAGCUGCCAUUUCGCAAGAAUUUUUCAAGGAUGUCCGAAAGCGAUUCAGGCGCAGACCAGAAAGCCAUCAGGAUCAUAUAUGCAAACUGCAGUCUCCUGCAUUUCUCAGAGACACUGAGUUAUCAGAUACUUUGAGCCCAAAGAGGACAUUUCAUAGAAGACACAGCAGUGUAGAAAGAUACUUAGAAACGAGAGAGCUGGACCUCCUUCCUAAAAGAAAUCGUCAGUUGCAGGGCGAGGACAGCCCAAGACACAUUUUUGAUGGGGAUGCUGUUGACGGUGGGUUUUUAAAGGUUGCCGAUUUCAGAAGUCAUCCUGACUUGUCUGACCAUGAGAUGGACGCACUUUACGAUCUGGACCCGGGAGAGGAUGACGACAGACGGGUUCAUAAAGUCAAGUCAGUAAAGAAAACACUGGUAAAGAAGAAGGAGAAAAAAAAUCUGCUUUCCCCCGGGCCGGCAAAGGUUACGUUUAGUGAUAGCACAUACGAUGUCCGUUCUACGUCAUCACAGCGACAGGGCUUUUCAAAUAUGCUUGAUUUUCAGCUAGAUGUUGUCGUUGAUAUCGACAGUGGCAAGUGCGUUCUGCAUAACGACAACAACAAAGAUGACGAUGAAGAAGUCCACAUGAGAGAGAACCUAAGCCGAGGUGAUUUGCGAAAGACAUCCGAACCUAUGCAUCCUCAGUUCGGAAAUCAGUACAAAAAAGAUCGCUUUUCUCUGGGAGACUUAGGACAACGUGGUUUCCCCAAGCGAUCAAGAACAAGCCUUUUCAACCAAUCACAGAAUGCCCACGCCGCCGAAGACACAGUCCUCUUAAUUCCUGCAGUCAGUGUCCGGGUACAUUAUCAGUCAAAGACAACUGCCGAAAGGUUUCCCAGAACUGGCUCAUUUUCGACCAGCGAAGCUUCGGACAUUGCAGACAAUGUCUCCAGUUCAUCAAGUAGUUGGAGAAGUGGCUCAAAGUCAGCGGGAUUACAUGCUUGGCUCAAUAUUCAGCAACUUCCCAGGGAGAUGAUUCUGUUACCAUCUUUGCUGGACUUUGUUGACAACGCUCUUGCUCCUAUUUCACUGCAGUAUCAAAAUAACGACGAACUCGACAGAAACGACUCGGAUUCGCUGUCGUCAGAAGAGGCUGGCAACGGCAAUGGUUCCAUGCUUUCAUCCUCAACGUCGGACCACUCCUCUUUCCCAGUCGAUGUGGUUGUUUUUAUCAACGUGCAACCUUCCGACAUUCGGUUUAGCUGUUUGCCAAUAUCAAAAGUCGAAUGUCUGUUAAGAAUACCGUCUUUGGACUUUGUGAUCUCGUCAACAUCAACUCCAUAUAACUUCAAUAACACUAAGUCACCGCAGGCCUCUGCAACAAAGAAGGCCAGGUCCCAGAUGGGAAACCAAAAAAGCAAGAAUGUCUCUUUUAGCCAAGAAACAACUGAGGCGGAUGUUGGAGGUUUUUGUGUAACUGCAUGCCUCUCAAGGUUUUCCUUUUGUAUUUUCCAUCCUUAUGGAAAACAGUAUGGGAGUACAUCAGAAAGAAGUUUUGUAGAAAGCGGGAUGUUCCCAGGGAGACGAAAGAAACGCGGCCCCGUUCCACAGCCAAUAUCAGGAAGAAAAGAUUCACUUAGUUUGAACGUUGAAUUCAUUAAGUUCAAUUUAUUUCGCAAGAGAAUCAAAGAAUCGCAGUUUGUAGCAGCCAAAGGACGAAAAUUUUCUUCAUCCGAUUCUACGGAUUCCAAAACUGAAGUUCAAGUUUCAAUAACCUGUGACAUAGGUUCAGCGGCUUUUAAUUACGACAUGCGCAGAUUAAAUGAGAUACUGGAUGUGCCAAAAGCCUGGUAUAAGAGAGACCUCUAUCGAAGGAUGUUCCUGGGCAAGUCGGGAGUUUACGCAAGAGAAACAGCACAUAAGUCCCAAAAGGCUGACAGCGAGUCAAGUCCGUUAUCUUCAGUCACCAGCUCGGAAAGGAGCAAAAGGAUGAAUCCAAUUAGCACAAUUUCAACUGCAACUGAACUGAUCACGCCAAGAAGACAGAAAAGUUUUAAGAAGGGGCAAGGUCACCGUCGAACAAUAAGUGGAGGCUCAUUUCUCGGCAAUAUCAUGGGAUCUCCUACAGGACUGUUUCUACCUCGCGCCUCCGCAAGUGUUGGCUCUCGCUCUGAGUUCUUGCAGCGUUCCCUUGACAUAUCGGCUCGAGAUCCUCUGGGGAAUUCAUUGCAAGUGCCUAGUGACAUCAACAUGACACCGGAUGCACUUAGUGACCAGGCCACAUCACCAUCAAAAUUGGAGGAGAUUUCCGAAUGGAAAAGCAAAGUCUUAUUUGCUCUGAAUCUAUCGCGACUGGACGUGUCUACUAAUAUGGGGAAUGUCAUGGGACAGUCCGUAUGGAGUACUACUGACCUGCAGGCCAAAAGUUGUAUGCUCUACAAUAACACUGGCAUAAAACAAACCAAUCUGCUAAUCACAGUUCGCCAAGGUUCGUUCGACGCCCAAGGAGGAAUUGUAGGUGGUUAUAUUGACGUGAGCCACAUAUCUGCAAGAGGGAACUUUGAAGAGAAUUUCGGUGAAAACCCGUCACAUUUAGCAAGCGUGUCACUGAAAGGAGCUGAAACAAGGCUAGAUUACAUGGGCUCUUGUAUCCUGAUGGCUACCCUCGCUGGUUUCAAAUGCAAUUUAGAAGACAUAUGGCAGCUACCAAAAGUUAAUGAAGAAGAAUUGCAAGGUGACGAAGAUAAUUUUUUCGUGUACGCCGAUACAGCUAUUGGUCAAUCAAACAGGCCAACAUCAGAGGUUAAAGUUUGUGGACAAUUAGGGUGGGACGAGCUGCAAAUCGUAAUGUCGAGAUCAACAACACCAGAUUUUAUCAAGAUGCUGGGAAAACUACAGGAGUUUUUCAAUCAGCAACAGCGAAGCGGAAUGCAUGCAUUUGCCUCUGCACCUCCGCUGAAAUCUACUGCAAGCCUUCCGCUUACAAGAUCAAGUUACGCAUUUGCGCAGAAAAGAGAGCGUGGAGCUGAGGACAAACAAGAUGGCUCUAGUGGAGAAUCAACGCAAGAUGGUUUGAAAUAUCAGCAUUGGGUUGAAAUUAUGAACGCACUGCCUGGUCUUCAGCUUGUCAAUGUAUCCAGCAUAUUUCCAGAUAAAAACUUGCUCAUCGGAGGAAGCCUCACCCUGAAGUCAGACUCCCUUUUGCUCACAUGCUUUCAUGGCUCAAAUUUUCGGGCACAGACUUGGGCGCUGUUCUCCAUAAAUGAGCCUAUUGUCAAAUACUCAUCGGAAAUGCAUUGCAUUGAAAAAAGCUGUCAGGUUGAGCGAGCCUUCUCCGUGCAGAGGAUUUCAAUACAGCUUGGCAACGACGGUCAUGAUGGUCCAGCAACUGAAAGAAUGGGGGAAAGAGUAUACAUGGCUACCAUACGCAAGGUUUCUCGUGGCAGAAGAAACCCUCCGUCCUUAGGCGCAUCAGUAGCUGAUUGGCUGGAAUACGUCACGUCAACCAGCGAGCAAACGUCUUCAUCUGAAUCAUCAAGCUUUGUUGGCAGAUUGACAACCAAACCAUCUGCAGCUAAGAGAGUCUCUUUUGCCCCGAAAGUAAAGUACGAGAAUGACUCGGAAAUCAUAUUUGGCAUGCCAUGCUUUCAACUUUCGUUGACAAAUGAGCAUGAUCAACCAAUGACUAGCAGAAUUGCCAAGGUUCUUUGCAACAACAGCCCAGCGUCAUUGAGUCCCUGGCUGUCAACAGUACCCAGCCCUCAUGUGGUUGAUUCGAGUCUCACUUCUUACUUCCGCGACAGUCUCAGUGUAACGAUGGAUGUGAGCUUGCUUUUCUUCCUCCAUGACCUCAUUCUUACGUACUUUAAAGAAAAAGAUGCGGUCGCUGUAGUAUCAUCACAAAGUGGACGACCUUACAGAGGAGGCAAAACUGUUGAACCAAAACAGGAAAAUGUAAAAAUCGACGCAAAGGAUGGAAAGGAUGGGAAGACUCAAGUAGAAACACAGGCCAAGAAAGAGAAGUAUCGCCAGUUUCGAAGCAAAGCGUGGAAACUAGAGCCGGGCAUACGUUUGCUUGGGUGGGCAGGUACACGGGUCGACCCUGUCAAUAUUGACUGGGUGCUUGAAAAACUCGGCUUCAGCCACGCUUCAUUAACGAUUCCGAAAUGGAUUCAACGGGGAGCUAUGGAUCCUAUGGAUCUUGCUCUCUCCUUCUUGGUAAAGCAAUUGCUUGCUGAGAUGUACGUAAAGAACGAUGAUUUAAAGCAGUAGAAGGUUGCAGAUUCUGGAUCAGAUUACCAUCCGAUUCUGGUUCUGAUAUACAGACAUUUGUUGAUAACAAACUCGCCGUAAAAUUUAUGUCUUGAUUAAAAUUGUUUAAAUAUUUGGCCAUAUUGCCAGAAAACAAAAGUUACAUUAUGAUUUUGCCAUCAAAACUUUAGAAAACCUAGCCCGUUUUUAGUGGAACCACUUGUAUUAUAAUAAGCCAAUAUCACUCAUCGCACUUAGUCCUUAAAAGAACAAAUUAUGUAAAACUAAUAGGCCCUCUCUGAAAUAUGAGAAAGUAAGCAAGCAUGGGUUGGAAAUAAUGACAGAACAUCAAAAGAAUUGCUAUAACAGCCCCAGUUUCAACCAACCAUUGAUACAGAGGAGCCUCGACCGUUUUGUCCCCUCUCCUCCCCUCCCCUCCCUCACUCACAACAUAUUUUGGAUAUUUUUGUGCAUUUACAGUUACACGUUUGAAAUGAUGCCUUUUUCACACUAAUUUAAUGGAAUCACCAUUUUAAUGGAAAAGUGUGACAUUUCCUUGGCAUUUUGAAUCGAUGAGACUUAUACGUGCCAUGUCCAAAAAUUUUAAAUAUUUCUUAUUUUGUUGUACUUUUUCUUCAACUGGCGAUUUUAUUAUGCAGGGCCACUAUGUGAGUUUAACAUAUUAUUGAAUUUUUCUUGUAAUUUGAUAACGUAAAAAUGUAUACAUAAUUAAUUAUAAAAAUAGAAUCGAAGUAUGUAUAGAUUUAGAACAUAAUAACAGUGUGUGUAUUUCAUUAGCAUUACCAGAAUUUAAUGAAUUUGUCUAUGCUGGAUGUCUACAA